CUUAAACACAGUAACAAUACACCAUGUCUUCUGUUGUUUCAUCAAAAGAAGAUAAAAUGUUGCCUGAAAAAGCAGAUGAGAAACAACCUGAAAGUGAAAACAAAGCUGAAGAAAGUGAUGAAGAGGAGGAAGAGGAGGAGGAAGAAGAAGAAGAAAAGGAAAAGAGUCUCAUUGUUGAAGGAAAAAGGGAGAAGAAGAAGGUAGACAGACUGACCAUGCAAGUGUCCUCGUUGCAGAAAGAGCCUUUUACAAUUACCCCAGGAAAAGGACAAAAACUUUGUGAAAUUGAAAGGAUACAAUUCUUUCUGAGUAAAAAGAAGACGGAUGAACUUAGGAACCUGCACAAACUUCUCUACAACAGGCCAGGCACUGUUGCUUCCCUAAAGAAGAAUGUGGGUCAGUUCAGCGGGUUCCCAUUUGAAAAAGGAAGUGACCAAUACAAAAAGAAGGAAGAAAUGUUAAAGAGAUUCAGAAAUGCGAUGUUGAAAAGUAUCUGUGAAGUUCUUGACUUGGAAAGAUCAGGAGUUAAUAGCGAGCUGGUAACCAGAAUCUUAAACUUCUUAAUGCACCCAAAAUCUUCAGGCAAGCCUUUGCCAAAGUCCAAGAAAACACCAAGCAAAGGUGGCAAAAAAGAACGCAGUAGCACUGGAACAACAAGAAAAGCAAAACGCACCAAGUGCCCAGAGAUCUUAUCAGAUGAAUCCAGUAGUGAAGAAGAUGAAAAGAAGGAAAAGGAUGACUCUUCAGAAGAGAAAGAAAGUGAGGAUGAGCCUCCUAGAAAAGCUUCUAAAAGAGAAAAACCUAAAAAGGUGACUUCCAAAACCAAGAAAGCUGUGAAGGGUGCAAAUGUGAAGAAGGCAGAUAGCAGCACUACUAAAAAAAAUCAGAACAGCUCCAGAAAAGAAAGUGAAUCUGAUGAUAGUUCAGAUGAUGAGCCUUUAAUUAAAAAGCUGAAGAAACCACCUACAGAUGAAGAAAUUAAGGAAACUGUCAAGAACUUGUUGGCCAGUGCAAACUUGGAGGAGGUCACAAUGAAACAAAUUUGCAAGAAGGUGUAUGAAAACUAUCCUAGUUAUGAUUUGUCGGACAGGAAAGACUUCAUUAAAGAAACAGUCAAAGAGGUGGAUUGA